GCUGGAGGAGAGCACUGCGCAGGCGCAACGGAGACUGGCAGCGACAUCGGGGCUACAGAUGGAGCCGUCCGGCGGGGAGCAAGAGCCGGGGGCCGUCAGGCUCCUGGACCUGCCCUGGGAGGACGUCCUGCUCCCGCACAUCCUCAGCCGCAUCCCCUUGCGGCAGCUGCUCCACCUGCAGCGCGUCAGCAAAGCUUUCCAGGCGCUCGUACAACUGCACCUGGCGCGCCUGCGCAGCUUUGACUCGGCACAGGUGGGCCCCCAGGUCCCGAGGGCAGCCCUGGGCCGGCUGCUGCGUGACUCGGAGGGGCUCCAGGAGCUGUGCCUGGAGUCGUGCCGUGACUGGCUGUCCGAUGAAGACCUGGAGCCGGUGCUGAGCCGGAACCCCGGGCUGCGGCGCGUGGGACUGGCGGGCUGCGGGCGCCUCAGCCGCCGGGCCCUGGUGACGCUGUCCUUGAGCUGCGCGCAGCUGCGCUGCCUCUCGCUAGCCCACUGCGACUGGGUGGACGGACUGGCCCUGCGGGGCCUCGCCGACCGCUGCCCGUGCCUAGAGGCCCUGGACCUCACGGCGUGCCGACAGCUCAGGGACACGGCCGUGACCUACCUGGCCCAGCACCGCGGGGCCCAGCUCCGAUCCCUCUCCCUGGCUGUCAACGCGAAUGUGGGGGAUGCCACAGUGCAAGAGCUAGCCCGGUGCUGCCCACAGCUCGAACACCUGGACCUCACCGGCUGUCUCCGAGUGCGGAGUGACGCCAUCAGGACCCUGGCAGAGUAUUGCCCACGGCUGCGCUCACUUCGGGUACGUCACUGUCAUGAUGUGGCUGAGUCCAGCCUGAGUGCCCUGAGGAAACGUGGUGUGGACAUUGACGUGGAACCACCCCUGCAGCGGGCCCUUGUCCUGUUACAGGAUGUUGUGGGCUUUGCUCCCUUUGUCAACCUGCAAAUCUGACCAAUCAGUGAAGGGUGGAGGAUUGGGGGUUUGGUGAACACAGCUGGACUGUGGAUCUGGGAACACCCUUCGCUGGGGGGC